AUGGCCAUAUCAAUUCAGGAGUGCGAUUAUUGGAAGGAUUUUUUUCGUAUUUACCAUGAUCUACCGAUACUGUGGUCAACGCCGAAUAAAAGGAAACCCAAACAUCUCAAAGAUCGUGCCCUCAAUAUAUUGCUUCGAAAGUAUAGGGAGGUUGAGCCGUCGGCAACGAUUAACGCAGUGAAAUCGUUGCUUAAAAAUCUUCGUACGCAAUUUCGAUACGAGUUGCGACUGGCUUUGGAUCACGAACUGAAAAAUGAUAAUAAUACAGACGCGUACAAUCCCUCGUUAUGGUUUUUUCAUGCUUUGAAUUUUUUACGCUCAGAAGAGAUGGAGAUCCUGAAAGUCAAACGCAACAAUUCAAAUGAGCAUCCUGCGACAGUGAAUGGACCCGAAAACAGUAUUGAAUUGUAUUGCAAAUCACUUAUGAUGGCGCUGAGAAAAUUAGAUACAGAGCAGCUCACCUAUGCUAAAUAUCAUAUCGCAUGUGUUUUGAAGUACGGUCGGAUCGGUUUAUUAUCCUACCAAUGGCCACAAUGGUGUGUAGAUGACGCUGAAAACGAAACCGUUUCAAAUUUUGUAAACGGACAUACAAUGGAUGCUAAUGAGGGAUUCAACGAAGAUAUUGCCGAAUAUGUGACGGGUUAUCGCAUCAAACACGAAAACCAACUGAUGGAAGAUCUUACUGAACAGGACACAUUUCCAUCAUCUCCUUACAAUGCUUUGAAAGACGGGUCGUUCACAGACGAGAAAAAUAUGAUUGAAGAAGACAUUCAGGUGGUUAAUUUCGCAAUGGACGACAAAUUCGACUCGAUUGAGUCAGCAGAUCUUUUUCCCAGCAGUGAAUACACUUUGGCGACUAUGGCUUGUCACCCGCCUGAUGGGAACACCGUAAGCACUGAAAAUAUCGAAAUCACCGUAAUAGAUAUGGAGGAUGUAUCCGGAAGCUCUGCACAAGAUGCAUGCCAGGAUCCCAUUGACGAAGAGACGGCUAAUGAUUACGUUGAUCUGAGCCCCUCGGAAGCAUCACACCCGGAGCGGAUUUUUCGUAGACAGUGUAGGGCGCAUGUUUCAGAGUAUGUAAACAACGUGGUACCGACGUAUAAUGACGAGGAAUUCCUUGAAAAUUUCCGCAUCGGACGCCAGCUGGUGCAGAUGCUGUGCCUGCAUUUAGAGACAACGGAUGCUUAUAAAAAGCUAAAAGGGCAUGGUGGAUAUGAAGCAAUCAGCGCCCAGACACAUGUUCUGGCAUUUUUGUGGUUUCUCGGACACGAAAAGGUCACCUAUCGGGAUGUAGCGAAUCGAUUUAGCUUAUCCGUGAGCUGUUUGCACGACGUAAUCUGGCGUGUUUCGGAAUCCAUUUUAAGCAUGGAGCAACAGGUGAUCGUACAUCCAGACGAGGAAAAGAAAUGCCUUUCUUCAUUGUUUUUUGCAUCUCUUUGCAACAUUUCGGGUGUUAUCGGAUGUGUCGGAGGCACGCAAAUCAAAAUCGAUAAACCAGUGGAAAAUGCGGAAAGAUAUUUUCUGCAAAGGGGCUACUACUCGAUACAGUUGCAAGCGAUUAUAGACGAAAAUAUGCGUUUCGUGGACGUUUUUAUCGAAUACCCCGGAGAACCAGAGUUGCUACCGUUCAUCAAAAGCGUAUGCCAUGAGCCGUACUGCUUGCUUGGAGGUAGCGCAUAUCCCUGCUUACCUCAGCUACUCGUGCCGUAUUGCAGCGAGGGUAUACCACUUACAGACACUGAGAAGGCUUUCAACGGGCGGAUAGAAGCCGUGACUAGCAAAUACGAUAGAAUAUUUCUCUUUCUUAAGCAACGCUUUCGGCAGUUGCUCCAUCUGAAAGGCCGUCAUCUGUCACGGGUAGUGAAGCUGAUCAAAGUGUGCUGCAUCCUGCACAACUUGAUGCCAAUGGAGGAUAUUGCACAGUUCGAAAGCGAAAUAGACUACCAAAACCACACACCAAUUCCGGCCACAUUCACGUACGCAUCCUUGGAUCAGCUUAAGUCGGAACUCUUCCUUGGCCAACGGAGAAGAGACCUAGUGUGUGCCAAUUGCUCUUGAACAU